AUGGGGAUGCUAAAGAUGCCUUCUGGAAGAAAAAUCAAGCUCGUGAUUUUUGAGCUCCUGGAGUAUGUUGCCUUCUCUGUUCCCACACUUGUGAUAAUGGAACAGUUUGCCAGUGCCUAUCAUAACGUAAUGAACACAUCUGAGAAAACGCAUUAUUGGUUGAUUGUUUCCUGUUCUAUUGCCUAUGUGGCUUCAGUGAGUCUGUUGAUUUGGGUUCCUGUAAAAGUUCUCUUAUACAAGAAACGUCAUCUUUACAAAAAGAUUAAAGGAUGGAGACCUGUUAUGAUGAUGUGUGUAGUACUCACCACCCUUCCAAGCUUCAGCUUUUCUGUAGCAAUGACUGAGGUUCAAAAAAAUACUACUGGUACCAUAUCUGCUGCUCUCCCUGAUAACUUACCUGACCUGCCAGUCUCUUUGGUUCUGACUUCCUUAAUUGUGGUUGACAUCAUUGAAAAACUCAGGAUUUAUCCUCUUAGAGGGAGGCAAAAGAGUAACGAAGAUGAUCACACCCACCCAACCACUUUGCAGGACAUAAAAACUGUGACAGAACAAGUGAAUCAACAUGAAGAAAACUCUGUGCCUCCCCAGCCUGCCAGGAGGACCCAGCUACCUGUUCAGCACCUGGAGGAACCCCAGGAGCCGUCCUUUCACUCGGGAGUCCUGAAGGCAGCGUCCCACCGGGAUGUCCGCUCUGAGAUCUUCCUGUGGAGCUUUCUGCUGUGGUCUGAUACCAUAGAAAUGGUGCGUGUGGCUGGCCACCCCGCUGUGUACAAGUCAGGCUGGCUGUACCCAGUCUAUAUAUUCAGUUUUAUUUCUCUCCUUCGAAUUAUAUUAACUCCCCAAAACCCUCUUCUGAAUUCUCUCGGUAUACUGCUCCAAGAUAUACCCUUCAUUUUUGUCAGACUUAGUUUAAUCAUUGUCCUGGGAACUGUCACACCAGUAUUGGGCCUUUGUAAAAAUGUACUUGUGACUCUCUCUUAUGUUUACUUCAAUCAUUUAACCAAAUUCAGAGUUUUUUCUACCUUUGAAAUAUCUUAAUUUUUUAAAGAAAAUGUAAUAUAGUCUAACUUCUUUAUUGAGCAUGUAAUGCACAUUUGUAAGUUUUGUUUUGUUUUUUUUUUUUUUCUUUUCUGG